CCCCACCCCUUCUGCAGCCUCACGUUCCUGCAAUCUUCUCUACCCCUCAACCCCAAGAAAAAUAAGAAUUGUCUCUCGCUUUCUCUUUGAGAACUUGAUCCUAUUUAUUCAGCCAAAAAUCUUGUGUGGUUUUAUUCAGAUUUUGGGCCUUUCAGCGUACACGAAGAGAAUGGCUUCCCUUAAUUUUUCUUGCUCUUCGACUUCUCUUGCGCGCUCCCGAUUAUUAAACGGUCUCCAUUAUGGAAAUCUGCAAUAUGCGAAUGGUGUAGAAUCCUUCAAGCAGCCCAGUCCAAGAGUAGGCUUAAGUAUUAAGGCUUCUGGCAAAAUUAAGUCGGCCCUGUUCUUUGGUGAAGAAGGCACUCCUCAUUCUGCAGGUUCUAAUGUUUCAAGUAAUGCUCUCGUCAGUGAUCUGUCUAGUGGAGUAGAGGUGCAGUCUGAUUCUGUAGUAUUAGGAGCACUUUCAGCUGAUAUGGCUCCUACCACAAGUGGGUUCCCUAUUGAAAAUGAUGAAUUUGACUUGGACUUGCCAUCAGAAGGUUUCUCAUCUAUUCCGGAGGCCAUUGAAGACAUUCGCCAAGGAAAGAUGGUUGUGGUUGUAGAUGAUGAGGAUAGAGAGAAUGAAGGAGAUCUCAUAAUGGCUGCUUCAAAAGUUACGCCAGAGGCAAUGGCUUUCUUUGUGAAGCAUGGAACUGGAAUAGUUUGUGUCAGCAUGGAAGAGGAAGAUUUGGAAAGGCUGGAGCUUCCUCUAAUGGUAAACCAUAGGGAAAAUGAGGAGAAACUUCGUACCGCUUUCACUAUAUCAGUGGAUGCUAAACAUGGUACGACUACAGGGGUCUCAGCCCAUGAUAGAGCAACCACGAUAAAGGCUCUUGCAUCCAAAGAUUCAAAGCCUGAGGAUUUCAAUCGCCCAGGACAUAUAUUUCCAUUAAAGUAUAGGGAGGGAGGUGUUCUGAAAAGAGCUGGGCACACAGAAGCUGCUGUGGAUCUUUCUGUGCUAGCUGGAUUAGAACCUGUUGGAGUUUUAUGUGAAGUUGUUGAUGAUGAUGGUUCUAUGGCUCGAUUACCUAAGCUUCGGGAAUUUGCACAGCAAGAAAAGUUGAAAAUUGUAUCAAUUGCUGAUCUAAUAAGAUAUAGGAGAAAGAGAGACAGAUUAGUGGAACAUGCAUCUGCUGCUCGUAUACCAACCAUGUGGGGCCCGUUUACAGCCCAUUGUUAUCGGUCAAUUUUGGAUGGUAUUGAACAUAUUGCAAUGGUUAAGGGUGAUAUUGGUGAUGGCUUAGAUAUCCUCGUCAGAGUGCACUCAGAGUGUCUCACUGGAGACAUAUUUGGGUCUGCCAGAUGCGACUGUGGAAACCAGCUGGCACUUGCAAUGCAACAGAUCGAGGCUGCUGGUAGGGGUGUCUUAGUUUAUCUCCGUGGUCAUGAGGGAAGAGGAAUUGGUUUAGGCCACAAACUUCGUGCUUACAACCUGCAAGACGAUGGGCGCGACACUGUCGAGGCAAACGAGGAGUUGGGUUUGCCCGUUGAUUCAAGAGAGUAUGGAAUUGGUGCACAGAUACUAAGAGAUCUUGGGGUUAGAACGAUGAAACUGAUGACCAACAAUCCUGCAAAGUACAUUGGGCUCAAGGGUUACGGUUUGGCUGUUGCUGGCAGGGUUCCCCUGGUGACUCCCAUCACAAAGGAUAACAAGAGAUAUCUGGAGACUAAACGUGCUAAAAUGGGCCACGUGUAUGGCUUAGACGCCAAUGGCCGUCCAGCCCUCAUCACCAACAAGAACGGUCGACCAAGUGGAGAGAGUCCAGUUACAUCCGAGUCGUAAGUAUUCCCACUUCUAACGAAGAUAUCUCAACGGAGUCGAAGAGAAUAUUUCUAGGUCGGCUACUUCCCGUUUUACAUAUAGUUUGAAUUAAUUCGUUGACGUGAUUCUUGCAACCACUGAUACGUUCAUUCUAAUUCUUUUCGCUUGGUUGUAUACGAGCAGCAAGUGUAUUGAACAAGUUGUGAUGGAAACUAGUGAAGCCUCCUGGAAACUAUUGCUGUGCAUCACAGAAAUGUAAUAUACGCAAAUAAUCAUAUUUGUGAAAGACUAAUUAUAGACAGAAAUGUGUUUGAUUUCACAGAGUGGAAUUGUAGUA